AGUCAUGCCGGGGGAAAUCUAACACCAAUCGUAUAAUUAGCUUAGGCUGCCUCGCAGCCACGUAUACUUAUCUGGACCUUCAUUUAGCGAUAACUGCUCGGUUAGAAGUUGGGAAUACUGAGAGCUUCUCUAAGAAAUUAGACGGAACCGCAGAGAAUCCGAAGGGCAACUGCAACCGGCGGCGAGGCGAACACAAGAAAUAAGUCAGACGUUAAUGACAUAUGAGAUAUUUUCAGAGAGCGGGUCUGAAGAGCUCACUGCAUGGAGUCCUGUUGUUUCAAAAGCCCUCAUAUCUACGCAGCCGCUUCAUUUUGGCACAGAGCUCUGUCGCUCUUCCUCUCUAAUCCGCAAACGAUUAGAGAGCAUCCGAGGAACUGCCUUACGGGCAAGGUGGGACGGUGUUGCCUCGUGAGCGCACAACGUGCGCGCCCUCUCCACGCCACCGAGACCUCAAUUCAUUCCGCUGCUGCACGAGACAGACAUGCUCUACGGAACGCGCGCCAUCAGCGAAGGAAAGCUCCGAAUAUGCAGGCCGAUAAGAACCAAAUGACACCAACCACACGCUGUAACUUUUAGCUCGUCGGGAUCCGGAAUUGAUUUUUUCUUUUCUUUUCUUUUCUUUUCUUUUUUUUUUUGGGGGGGGGGGGGGGCGUUCGCUCUUCCGCGCGCCGGAGUGACUCCUUAACAAGUGCACCCCGACAGUCCGUCCGUGUUUGCAGCUCGCACUCAGUGGCCGGCGGACGCACGCUGUAAGAUGAGGCUUGGACGCAUCAUUUUAUUCGUCGCUUUCUGCUCUUUCACAGCUUAUUAUGUUUACGAGCCAAUUCCUGAAAGAAUAGAGGAGAGAUGGAAACUCAUGCUGACCAAUUCCUUUUUCAGAACUCUCAGUCACUUGGCAGACCUUUGUGAGUCAGCAGGGCUGAAGGACUACAUGGAUGUAAUGUAUGUCAUUACUCUAUUGGAAAAGAUCGUGCCGGUGUCUGAUGAGCACGUCAAAGUGACAGAAGAAAAGUUUGACGGCGUGGAGGUGGUGCUUUACCAACCGAAGCUCCAGGGCGGAGACGCUCACCUGAGGAGAGCCGUCAUUUAUCUGCACGGGGGAGGAUGGUGUCUAGGAAGCUCCCGCAUGAGUCCAUAUGAUCUGCUGGCCAGAAAGAUCGUCACUGAACUUGAUGCUGUCGUCCUCUCUGUAGAGUACCGUCUCGCCCCGGCUCACCAUUUCCCUGUCCCAUAUGAGGACGUGCACCGUGUGGUCAAAUACUUCCUCCAGAAGGGGGUGCUAGCCCAGUACUCUGUGGACCCGGGGCGUGUUGCUGUGUCAGGGGAUAGUGCUGGAGGGAACCUUGCAGCGGCAGUCUCUCAGCAGCUGCAAAAGGAGUCUGGGCAGCAGAUCAAGUUGAGGGCUCAGGCACUCCUUUACCCCGUGCUGCAGGCGUUGGACCUCAAAACGCCUUCAUAUCAGCAGAAUAAAGACAUGCCGAUUCUGCCACGCACGCUCAUGGUGCGCUUCUGGAGCGAGUAUUUUACUAGCAACAAAGCCCUCUUCAGAGCCAUGAUGGCCAACUCGCACAACAGCCCCGAGUCGUCCAGGUUACUGAAGUUCGUCAACUGGAGCGCCUUUCUGCCAGAGGCGUAUCACAAAGAGUACAACUACAGCGCUCCCGCUGUCGCGCAGGGAACCGAAGGGGAGGCGGCCGGGAUGGACGGGCCGUCUCAGUCGUUCGCCGACCCCAGGGCGUCGCCCUUGCUUGUCCCGGACGCGGACUUGCACUCUCUACCCAAGGCGUACAUUCUGACGUGCGAGUACGACGUCCUCCGAGAUGACGGGAUCAUGUACGCCACACGUCUCCGGGCGGCUGGCGUUGAGGUGACGCACCAGCACUAUGACACGGGAUUCCACGGAGCGCUGAUGUUUACUGUGUGGCCGACUGACUUUCUCAUUGCACGUCGCAUGACAGACAACUACGUUAAAUGGCUCAAGGAUAAUUUGUAAAAAGAAAAAAAAAAC